AUGGCUGCUGUUCAGGCUCAACCACGACAGGCUCCCUCAGUCGCAGGCAGCCGCGCCUCGUCGUCCCGCUCGCGCGCCACCGCCGCCUCGUCCUCGACCGGUCUCCGCGAGAAGAGCCAGCGCGGCGCACUCAUCACCUCGUCCCUCCCGACGCUCCAGAACCUCGUCAAGCGGUCUCCAGAGAGCUACGCAGAGGAGUUUGCCGUACAGUGGGCCAGGUUCGGCAGCUUGGUCAAGAUUGUGCAGCUGGGACUCGGAGCGGGAAAGGCGGACGAGGAACAGCUCAGGGAGGUCACGGGCUUUGUUUGCCAGGUCGCGCACCUCUAUCCCACCCUGACCGCCUCGCUACCCUCGAUUCUCUCCGGUUUGCUCCUCUCGUCCGCUCCAACUGCUUCGACUGCCGCAUCGAGCACCGCAGCGACCCUUGCCGGCGCUAGCAAUGGCAUCAGCGGUGGAGGCGUCCAGCUUGGUCCCGACACGAGGAAGACGAUGAUGCAGGGACUCGUCCUCCUGCGCCGCAGGGAUGUCAUUUCGGGCGUCGACCUCCUCAAGACGCUCUUCCCGCUCCUCUCGAUCACAACCUCCCCCAACCUCCGCACCUUCAUCCUCAAGACCAUCAUCGGCGACAUCAAGAACGCGAACCUCAAGUCUCGCAACAACAAGCUCAACACGAUGGUCCAGGGUCUGCUCAUGGCCAUGAUCGAGCGCGGUAUCGCAGCGGAGCAAGAACUCGUCGGCACGGGCAUCAAGGCGUCUCGCCGUGGUGCGUCGACCGGCAAGGAUGGGAAGGUUGUUGGUGGACGAGAGGCGAUGUGGGCAGUCAAGAUCGCGUCCGAGUUGUGGCGGAAGAAUGUCUGGCGCGGGGAUAAGAUGACGGUCAAGGUUGUCGCGCGCGCGUGCUUCCACCCCGACACGAAGGUCCAGAGCGCAGCGAUGCACUUCUUCCUCGUCACGCCCGACUCGGCGAACGACGUCGAUUCGGAGAACGACUCGGACGAGGGCCCCGACAUCCAGGCUGUCAAGCACCGGCAGGAGAUCAACAAGAAGCGCAAGUCGACCGAGCGCAAGGCCAAGCGGGACAUUCGCAGCGCCAACGCCAAGCGCAAGGCGAAGGAGGCUGCGGCCAACGAUGCCCAGGCCAACUUUUCGGCGCUCCAGCAGCUCGACGAUGCGUACUCGUUCGGCGAGAGGCUGUACGAGCAACUCGUCAAGCACGACAAGGCGUACACGCUCGAGCACAAGGUCCUCAUCAUGCAGCUCUUCGGUCGCGUUUGCGGUACUUUCAAGCUCACCGUUCCGGCGUUCUACUCGUACAUCCUCAAGUACCUCACCCACCACCAGCUCGACAUUACCAAGAUCCUGGUCGCUCUCGCCCAGUCCGUUCACGACCAGAUCCCCGCCGGCAGCCAUAGUGACGACGAUGUCCAGAUGGACGGCACGAACGCGCACGAGCAAGACGACCCUCUCUACCCCGUCCUGCGCAAGAUCGCGAACGAGUUCGUCCACUCGGGUGUAGCGGCGGAAGUCAACGCCGCAGGUCUUAACGCCAUCACCGAGAUCUGUCGCCGCCAGCCGCUCGCCAUGUCGCCCGACCUCUUGCAGGACCUCGUCGAGUACCGCAAGUCGAAGGACAAGGGCGUCAUGGUUGCUGCGCGUGGGCUGCUCGCGUUCUAUCGCGAGGUCGACCCGUCGAUGCUCAAGCGCCGCGACUGGGGAAUCAAGGCGACCAAGGACGCGAUCGAGGAGAAGCGCGGAGGAGAAGGUUCGGCGGUCGAGGGCGCGGCGGAGAAGAAGCGCAGGCUCAAGUUUGGCGAGGACCGUGAGACGGUGCACGGCAUCGAGGGUCUCGACCUCUUCGCGCAGCACUUGGCUGACCAAGCCGAACAAAACGGCGGCGAAGCAGGCGAAGAGGAGGACGACGAAGCAGGCUGGGAAGGCUGGGACGUCGAGGACGACUCGGACGCCGACUCGGACUCGUCAGGCGGCUGGAUCGAGGUCUCGUCCGAGGGCGAGGACCUCGAGAUCAGUGAUUCGGACGACGAUGACGAGGACAAGGCGCGGAAGCGGCGACGGGUCGAGGCGCGCGAGGCGAAGAAGCGCAAGCUUGAGGCGGUUGAGGAGGACGAGGAGGAUGCCGAUGCGCCGGUCGCGAAGGGCAAAAAGGUUGUCGAUGUUGCCGGUACCAAGGCCGACGACGAGAUUCGCUUUGACGAGGAGAGCGGGUCAGAGGAGGACGAGGAGGACUCGGGCGACGAGAGUGGCAGCGAUGAGGAGGAGGAGGAGGCGGGGACGACUCGCGCAGAGCCGCUCGAGGCGCAGUACGAGAUGAGCGCGACGCGGGCGAACAAGGAGCUUGCCGGCACUACGUUUGCCGAGAUUGCCAUGACCAAGAUCCUCACGCCGGCCGACUUUGUCAAGAUCAACGAGCUGCGCAUGCAGGCUGCCGAGGACGAGGCGAAACACGGCGGCGGGUCCGCUGCGCGCCGCAAGCUGGCUGCUCUCGCUGCCGCUCGCAAGGCGAACCAUGGCGACAACGACAACUUCCUCGACGAGGGCGACAUCGUCGGCGUGGUCAAGAAGGCGAAGAACAGCUACGAGGAGCGCUUGGCCAAGAUCCAGGAGGGCCGCGCCGACCGCGAGAAGUUUGGCUCGCACAAGCACAAGAAGCUCGACUCGAAGCCGCACUCGACGACCAACGCGGAGAAGAAGCGCUCGAAGAACUUCAUGAUGCUCGCUCACUCGCACCAGGUCGUCUCGAAGAAGCGCCAGUCGCUGCACCAGAAGUCGCGCAAGAUGCGCAAUCACGUCAAGCACCAGAAGUCGGGCAGGCGGCGCAAUGGCGAGCACAAGUAG